AUGUGUGUUAAGUUUAUCUCCUUCCCACCGAGCGCGGAUCACGGUAGACCAUCACGCGCGAAUGAAAGGGUCAUUCGUACACUUGGGAGGUUUGCCUCGCUUUGCGAUUAUGAUGCCCCUAAUAGAAUUAUGACUUUCCUCUCGGAGGAUUCGGUGGGGAUCUACAAGUUUGACGAGUCGUUCAAGAAAAUGGAGCGCAUGAAAGUUGUUGAUUUGGGUGUACGCUCCACGUUGGCAGAUCUUCCAUUUAGAGAUGUUUUGCUACUGGACAGCACAGUAUACGUGACGGACUCAAUUGGGUGUUCGCAAGGUAUCAACAUCCGCAACAAUCAAACCCAACUGCUAACACUAGCGGACAACCUCGCUAUGGGAGUGGUGUCGUGUGUACCAAGUGAUGAUGGGACUUUCGAAGGAAUUCUCGAGUGCAUUUCUCGAGAUGACCAUCGUCAUCUCCCAGUGUUGAGUCUUGGUGUCAAAUUCCUCACAGACAGGGUAAGCAUCCGAUGUGUUGACGACGAAGUGCUCGUGCUUGAUCCGUUGGCACAGAAAGUGUAUUUCUUUUCUAUCCACGUGACUGUACGCAGUGAUUCUUACCGAAUGCGGCACAAGGGAGACUGCCCACGCAAGCUGCACUGGAUGUACACGUUGUAUCACGUCUUCGAGAAGUUUCCUCCGCUGAAGUCAUUCUUCCAGACCCUCAUCACAUUCUUGCCGGUGCAGAUCUGCCGUGCCGAAGGAAACGCUCUGACAGUGCUUUAUGAUGGUUUGGAUCAAUCUUUUAAGUCAGAAGACGAUGUGCAAGCAUGGGGAGCAGCAGAUAUCGCAGAGUCAAUUCGAUUUGGGCUUCUGUCCCCUCUUUUACGGGUCUGGCAAGGUCGUUGCAUAGUGAUUACAUCAAUGGGGAAGCAGUCUACAGGGAAGAGUUACUUCUUAAACCAUUUGACUGGAUCGUCAUUCGCUAUUGCUGGAAACCGCUGCACGGAUGGUGCCUGGAUGAGUUUGCGCAUUAUGGAAGAUGUCCUGCUUGUCGUGUUGGACUUUGAAGGCCUUGGUUCCUUCGAGCGUACAGAUCAAGAGGAUGAUUUCCUCUCAGACAUCGAUGGCCUAUUCACCAAGUUCCAGAAGGGAAUCAAUUUGCUGAAGAAUGACGACCGACUUUUCCGGGGAACGCUGUACAUGAGUGUGAAAGAUGUCAAUCCGAAUGAUCGCCAUGAUGUACUCUCCGAGUUCCAGAAGAAAUUCCAGAAGUUGUUGACGAUUAACCGCGAUAGGAACUUUCUAACCGAGAUGUACUCUGGUAACCUGAAGAUCAACUGCUCUCCACCUUUGGGAACAUUGGGAUACCAUGACUCUGUGCGUCAUGCUCGACAGUUGAUCGAGAAACUGGUUAGCGACCCAGACUUAUCGCGUGGCUUCAAAAGUGGGAGUUCUUUCCACGAUUGUAUUCGUUUGGUGCUGGCGAAGAUUUCGAUUUUGGAUUGGACUGCAGUCGAUGAGAGUUCUCAGCGACUUGAGAUGAAUGAACUUCAUCGAAAACUUCCUGGAGCAAUUCGCACCGGAUGUUUGAUCCCCGUAGAGGCCCAAUCGAAAAAUGAAAAUUUGCCUCGAAGCCUGAAGGACCCGCUUCUUUACGACAAGAGUGCGCUGUGCUUGUUGGACUUACAGCAACUUAGCCUCUUUUCCAACGUUAUUUGGCGCUGA